AUGACAAUCUCAACUGAAAAUCAAACUUCUUAUUUAUUUCAAGGAAACGUGACCGCUCCAGGCUCUCAAGUCGUCAGUGGCAAAGGCAUUCAUGUUGAUAUUGAAAAAGAUGGAGUAGUUUAUGAGAAUGUUCUCGAUGCUGUCACCGGUGCUGCUGUCGGCGCUCUGGCGUGGGGCGACGAAGAUGUUUUUGAAAUCAUGGACAAAGCAGCACGGGAGUCAACGUACCAAUACCCAUCUUUGAUAUCCAAUAAGAGUGCCGAAGAGUUGGCGAAGUUUUACAUUGACAACUCGGAAGGUGCCUUUUGCUCUGCUUUAUGGUGCUGUUCUGGGUCAGAGAGUAAUGAAAAUGCAUUAAGAAUUAUCAGACAGUACUACUUGGAGCGAGGCUUGCCAAACAAGGUCAAGCUCAUUUCUAGGGAAAGCUCUUACCACGGAUUUACUCUCGGUGCCCAAUCCCUUUCUUGGAACCCAAGGAUUGCACCAUUUGAGCCAUACCUAAUGGAUCGCAAGAACGUUAACAUCAAGAUUUCCUGUGCUUAUACUUAUCGUUACAAGAAAAAGACCGAAACCGAAGAAGACUAUACUCAUCGCCUCCUACAGGAACUUGAAACGAAGAUUGUCGAGAAUGAUCCAGACACUAUUGCUGCAGUCACUGUCGAGACGCUGCCAGGCUCUUCGCUUGGUACUACUCCUCCUCCUAAAGGCUACUUGAAGGGAAUUAGAGCACUUUGCACCAAGUACGAUAUUAUUUUCCAUCUGGAUGAGGUUAUGUGUGGCACAGGAAGAUGCAACCCCAAUGGAAGAUUAAACUGCUGGGAAAACUACCUAGAGCCUUCUGAAGCACCAGAUAUCCAAACAGUGGGUAAGACGCUUGGAUCCGGUUAUGUCACCAUAGCUGGUGUUCUCAUCGGUCCUAAAAUCAGGAAUGCUUACGUCCAAGGUUCUGGCGCGAUUGCUGGUGGUCACACUUAUUCCUGCCAUAGUUUCAACUGUGCCGUUGCACUAGGCGUGCAAAAAAAGAUCAAGAAGGAAAACCUCACGUCGAAUAUGUUCAAAAUGGGUAACCUUCUUGCUGAAAAGCUGAAAGAUGUCUUACUUGCCUACGAUAACAUUGCUGGGGACGUCAGAGGCGUUGGAGGCUUUCAGUCCAUCGAGUUCGUCAAAGACAGGAAUACGAAAGAGGCCUUUGAUAUCAGUUUGAAUGUCGGUCCACGCUUCAAGGCCAUUUGUUUCGAAAAUGGAUUAUGUGUAAUGGGAAUGCCAGCCAACCCUGACGGGAGCUGCUCCGACCGUGCUUUGCUUGCCCCAUCCUUUGUGAUCAACGAGAGGGAUGUCGAUGAGAUCGUAGAGAAAACCAACAAGUCAGUGAAAGAAUUGAGUGACAUCUUGAAAAAAGAGGGUUCGUGGUGA